GAGAGGCCCCCGGAGAGGCGGCGGGGGUGAUGCGGUGGGGAGAAGUGUGGUAGUUGUGGAUCGCGACCCUUCAGCCCUCCGCAGCCAUGAAGUACAAGAAUCUUAUGGCAAGAGCCCUGUAUGAUAAUGUCCCCGAAUGUGCAGAGGAGUUGGCCUUCCGGAAAGGAGACAUUUUGACAGUGAUAGAACAGAACACUGAAGGUCUGGAAGGAUGGUGGCUCUGCUCCUUACAUGGCCGGCAAGGCAUCGUUCCAGGCAACCGUGUGAAACUCCUGAUAGGUCCAGUGGUACAGGACAGUCCUUCUAGCCUGGAUAUGCCCAGUUCAGGAUUGAUGCAUCAAUCCUUCAGCCAGCAGAAGACCUACCAAGUGCCAAGUUCACAUGCCUCGGCACGGGACCCGGUCUACCAAGUGCCACCUUCCCAUCUGAAUCAGGGAAUUUACCAAAUACCCACUGGUCAUGGUCUAGUAGGACAAGAUAUUUACCAGGUGCCACCCUCUAUGCAAAGAUGUAUUGAAGGUCCAGCUUUUACUAACAAAGUAAUAACUCCAGUCAGGUCAGGACAAGGUUAUGUUUAUGAAUUCCCUUCCAAAUACCAGAAGGAUACCUACGAUAUCCCCCCUGCUCGCCCUCUCCAAGGGAUAUAUGACAUCCCCCCCACAUCGGCUAAGGGACCUGCACUUGCAGUUCCCAUGGGAGAAGCAAAAUCCUUAGGAGUCUAUGACAUACCACCUGCCAAAGGGGUCUACGCUACACCUCCAUCUGCGUGUCGAGAUGACACAGGCCUGAGGGAAAAUGUGCAGGAUUUUUCGUCUCCAGUGGGCCACAGUCUAAGAUCAGAAGGAGUUUAUGAUAUUCCCCCUCCCAUCACCAAAGCAACUGGGAAAGAACUUAAUAGAUUUUCUCCUGAGAGCCUUUUAUUACCAGAUGGAGUGCCACAGAAACACAGCGUUUAUGACUUCCCCAUGAGUCAUCAAAACCAUUUUCUUGGGCAGCAAAUUGCACCUCAAAAAGAUGUGUAUGAUACGCCAAGAGGAACUGUGUUCCCAGGUCAACAGACAGGACUCAGUGAAAGUCUCCUCUCAGAAGGAAGAGAAGGUGUGUAUGAUGUGCCACCACCAGUCCUCCAAGAUACUAAAGGCUUACAGGAUGUAACUGAUGGGAUGAACAGGUUGUCUUUCUCCAGCACAGGAAGCACAAGGAGUAACAUGUCCACAUCAUCAACGACAUCAAAAGACUCUUCUUUCUCAGCAUCAACUGCACAGGACAAAAGACUAAUUCUUGAUCCAGACACUGCUAUAGAGAGGCUUUAUCACCUCCAGCAGAUGGUGGAGACAGCUGUCAAUAACCUCAUGGCCUUCGUUACGGCAGACUGGCGCUCUUACGGAUACAUGGAGAAACACAUAAAUGAAAUCCACUCUUCUGUGGAUAAAGUACAGCAGUCGCUGUUGGAGUACCUCCAGUUUGCAAAGGGAUCAGCAGCCAAUGCUUCCUGCCUGCCUGAGUUCAGCCUCCUUAACAAAAUGAGGAGGGAAGUGCAAAGGCUGGAGGACUCUCACCAGAUCCUCACCCAAACCAGUCAAGACUUGAACAGCUACAGCUGGUCUUUGAAUGUUCUAGCUGUCAACAGACAACAGAACAAGUGUGAUGACCUGGAUCGAUUUGUUAUGGUGGCGAGGACAGUCCCAGAUGAUGCCAAGCAGCUGACCACUACCAUCAGUGUAAAUGCAGAGGUGCUCUUCAAACAGGCAUUGAGCAGUUCACGUUUCAAAAACAUACCAGAGAAUAUCAUGAACUCUCCUGACUGUGUCUAUGACAAUCCACAGAAACAGCGUCACGGAGAAAAAGCACAGAACCACUGCAGUUCUCUUCCUCCUCUCCUGAAUAAAAGUCAGCACCCUCACAAUACCACCAGUGAGACCUCAGAAAAGAGCUGGAUGGAUGACUACGAUUAUGUUCAUCUUCAGGGAAAGGAAGAGUUUGAAAGGCAACAGAAAGAACUGCUGGAAAAAGAAAAUAUCAUCAAGCAGAGCAAAAUGGAGCUGGAGCACCACCAGAUCAAUCAGUUUCAACGUCUGGAGCAAGAGAUCAAAAAGCCAGUGGAGAACGACAUCUCAAAAUGGAAGCCACCUCAAGCUCUCCAGACUGCCAACAGCACUGCCACCUCCCAUGACAGCCAGCUGCUUUUAUUCUAUUCUGACCAAUGUGAGACUCACUUCAACAUCCUCCUAAAUGCCAUCGAUGCCUUUUUCAGUUGCGUCAACGCUUCUCAGCCCCCCCGGAUCUUCGUGGCCCAUAGCAAAUUUGUCAUUCUGAGUGCCCACAAACUCGUGUUCAUUGGGGACAUGCUCACAAGGCAGGUGACGACUCAGGACAUAUGCAGCAAGGUGAUGAACUCCAGCAACCAGCUGUGUGAGCUGCUGAAGAGUAUUGUUCGGGCUACCAAGACAGCCGCCUUGCAGUACCCCAACACAGCAGCCCUGCAGAAGAUGGUGGACCUCGUAACAGAGCUGUCCCGUCAGGCACAGUUGUUCAAACUCUCACUGGUCCGAAUGGCAUCCCUAUGAAAGCCAGAGGAAUCCAGUCCUCAAGAAGCAAAACAGAAAAGCAGACAAACUGGAGCUAUUUUUAAUGUAAAUGUUACCAUUUAUAUUUUUUUUAGAUAUUUUUUAUGAAAUAUUUUAAAUACGUUCUUUACCUGUUAGAGAAUCUAAUUAAAUCAGGGAUCUGGGAAUAUAUCUGGUUCUGUAUUAUGUUUCUAAAUACACAUUUAGAUUCUAUACACUGCGUAUAUGUAUAUGUUGCUACAUUCCCUAAAACAUCCAUUAAGCACCUUAAAAAUUAUGCAUUGGGUAAGCAGUGUGUAUCUUUUGUAUAUACUGCCUGUUUCCUCGGUAUAUUUGUUAACUGGAUGCUGCACUCUUUUUGUUCCAUUCCAUCUUGAUUUUGGCACAUGGACGUGGUUGUGAAACCGACUCGUAGCAAUCCAUGAAGCAAGUGUAAUGGUUCUCAUAGAACUCCAUUCCCUUCUUAGGAAUUACUUUCUAUAGUUUAAUUCCAUUAAAUUUAACUCUCCUCCUGAUGCUACUUUGUUAUAUACAGCACUGGGUUAUUCUGAGUAGCGUAUAUGCACAACUGCAACAAGCAGGGCAUCAAGCAAGGUGUACAGCAUUUGGGAGGAAAGCAUAUUAGGCUAUGUAAGGAACAGAACCUUCUAAGGAGGAAGGUUUUUAAUAUCUUACAGCAUUCAGAUUUCAGUAUUUCUAAUAGCUGCACAACAUGGGAUUUCCAAAGGUGGAUGGAUUCCCAGCAGUGUAAAUUCAUACACAUUUACCUUUUAUGCCCUUGCAUUGCUAAUUAAAAUUGACAAUCGGGCUGAAAAGCCGUAUUGUACAUGGGCUCAGAGUUAUCCUGAGAGCACCCCAGGAUCCAUUGGGUUCAUCUGUCAGGUUGCAAGUCAUCAAUGUCUCAAAAUACCAGUCCCUUCCAGAGAGGUUUACAUACAAAUUGUAAUUUGUAUGGAAAGAAAACAGCUUAAUUUGAAAUACCAGGUAAUUAAACAUCUCUCUAUCAUAUACACAAUUUAAUGACUAAAUAGCACUUAUUUUUCUAGGACAUAGGGAAUUAAUUGCAUCUGUUACAAUUCUCACUUAACAUUCAUCUCUUGGUCUUCUUUUCCAAAUUCUGUUGCAUAGGUGCUGGUCCUUCUGCACUACAAUGUUGCCAAAAAAAUGACCUCCUGUUUUAAUGGGGCCAUUCCUUCAGCAAGUACAUACUAUCCCACCCAGUGAUUUUCAGAUAAGACCCUCUGAAAUUUAGGAAUUUGGAUGCCAGAUGCUCCAAAACACACAUAAGCUCAUUUGUGACCGCUGCCUUCUGUGAGCCCUUUAAAAGCAAGUCACGGAACGCAUUUGCCUAUGGUCCUCAGACUGAGAAAACAGCUUCAAAGUGAGCAAUAGCUCAGGUAAAUUCCAGACAGUUCUGGCAUUUUCAAAGCCAGAACACUGGUGUCCUUAAAUAAUUCAAGGUUGCCCCACAUUGAUGUUUCCUGAGCGUUUGCACCAGCGAGGAGAUCACUGGUAAAUACAGAGCUGUGUGUUCAGUAGCAUCUACAAAGCAGGCACUUCUGCUUCCCCUCCCCCUUUCCUAGUUUGUAUCUAAACACGUGCCUUAUUGAAAUGGCCUCUUUUGCCUUAGAUAACAAAUGCAUGAAGUCUUGCAGCCUUAAUGCAGUGUUUCAGAAUGAAGACGACUGCUCUUGGCUACCAGAAUGUCACUUGCAGAAUCUUCCUGGAAGGGCAGCAGGAGCCACCACAACCUCAGGUGGCCCAGGGUCAGUUCAAGGGCUUGGCUCUGGCCUAACAUCCAGAAAGGGGAGUUACACUAUUGUAAGUGACAGACAGCUGCCAGAAAGCAGUCCACAUGAACCUGCUUUGUACUGGUGUUUGGGAUUCAUUUGAAUUUCCCUGUCCAUUUUUUUUUUCACUGUUAUAUUCUUAGAAAGUGGAAAAGUGUUUUGAAGCUUAGUGAUUAUGUUGAUAGUUCGUGCUUUCCAAAGGAGAACCUUUACUGCAAGCCCGUAUUACAAUUUGUUAUCUUGUAGAGAAUCAUCUUAAAGUUAUUAAAUGGCUAGCUUUUUUAUAUA